CGCAACGUGAAUCGCAAGCCGUAGUUGAAGGUUGAAGUUGAUUUUGUUAAUGGACGCUAGUUGUUUUAAGCGAAAAUAAUUGAUGAUAGUUGUCAUUUAAGAAUCAUAGCAUAUAUUUAAGUUGUACAAAUAAAACUUCUACUAUGACUGAUGGAGAACUAAUGGACUUCGGCAGUAAUAAGGCCGAUGGCCCCGAUAUGACUGAGGAAAACUUCGAGGAAGAUGUCGGAUUCGAAAAUGAUAUCGAUUUAAGUGGAAAAGACUUCUCCCAACGAGGCAGAGGCAGAGGCGGUUUCGGAAUUAAACCGGGCCAGCAGAGAAGUUGGCCGGGUCCACCACCGGGAGGCCCAGGACCUCGUGGCGAGCAUUCUAGGUUUCGAGGAAGAGGCUUUGGACCCGGUGGUCCCCCGCCACCUUUCGGAAGGGGAGGCAGAGGGGGACCACCAGGACAACCAAUGUUUGGACGUGGAGGACCUCCAAGAAACCCCCCUCCUGGAGGAUUCAAUGGACCGCCAAAUUUCAACGGACCAAACUGGGGUGGACCCCCAGGUCCUCUAGGCGGGCCUCCAAGUCUCAUGGGGCCGGGAGGACCUGGUGGCCCUAAUGGCCCACCAGGGGGACCUAAUGGACCUCCGUUUGGACCGCCAGGUAUGAUGGGUGGUCCCCCAAAUAUGAAUAGCGGGCCGCCGAAUAUGAGCGGUGGACCGCCUCAGAUGAAUCAGGGUAGCGGGCCUCCUGGACAGUUUCCCCCAACUAGCACAGGGCCCACUGGGGGAAUUGACCCGAACAGCGAAAUCUGGGUAGAAACCAAAACGGCAGAAGGCAAGUCUUACUUUUAUAAUGCUCGUACUAGAGAAACGACAUGGACUAAGCCAGAAGGCCCUAAUGUGAAAGUAAUCUCUCAGGAUCAGGUGGAAGCCAUGGCCCAAGCAGCGACGGGCGGAUUGGCCCAGAACACUUCGACUGCCGCACAGGCUGCGCUGGCCCAGGCUAACGUAACAAAUAAACAAGAAGACUCGGAGGAAUCCAAACAGGAAUCCCUGAAGCAACCGCCUCAGAUGGCCACUGCCCCGACGCCGACUCAAAUCCCCCCACCCCACAGUCUCCUCCAAGGCCCGCCUCCGGGCUUAAACCCGUUCGGACCACCCGGGCAAUUCGCGGCACCGCCUUUCGGAAUGCCCCCUCCAGGAUUUCAAGGUGCGUGGCCCGGUCAACCCGGACCUGGUUGGCCCGGGGCGCCACCCGGCGCGCCUUGGGCUUUGCCUCCAGGUCUUAUUCCAGGUAUGCCAGGGGCAGCGGCGGCAAUCGACGAGGCGGCAGUCAUGUCCAAAAUCGACCCGGAAAUAAUAGCCCGGGCAUCGGAAUGGUCGGAACACAAGGCCCCCGAUGGGAGGUUUUACUAUUAUAACGCCAAGAAGGGGGAGUCGGUUUGGGAGAAGCCGCAGCCUCUAAAGGACUUGGAAACUGCGAAACUGGCGGCCGCGCAGGGUAUAUCGACAAGGCCGGGACUGGAACCGCAGCUCACGACGGGACCCGAUACAGGUAAGGCAAAUGUGGUGCAGAUAGCGCCUGCCAAUGGCGAAGUGACGAAGGAAGCGGUCGAGAAGGAGAACGAGGACAAGAUCAAGAAGCUGCAGGAGGAGAUCAAAAAGAAGAAGGAGGAAGAGGAGAAGGCGAAGGAGCUGAAGGCGCAGGAUAAGUCCAGGCCCAUCUCGAGCACGCCGGUGCCAGGCACGCCUUGGUGUGUCGUUUGGACGGGGGAUGGGAGAGUGUUCUUCUACAACCCUUCGUCGAGGACGUCCGUCUGGGAGAGACCCGAUGAACUACUGAAACGUACCGACGUAGAUAAAAUGGUUUCCAACCCUCCCGACGCUCUCGGCAGUGUUAAGCCAGACAUCACUAAGACACCACCUAAGAAGAGGACCUCGGACGACAGCGAUAGCGACCAGGAGGAGACGCCAGCCAAGAAGGCUAGAAAGGAAGACCCUCAAACACCCACACCAAGUGCAAACGGAACGCCCACGUCUGCCAAGAAAAUCGACAUCGGAAAGGAGGCGGCCAUAGAGGCCGAAGUGCGGGCAGCCAAAGAGAGGGCCGUCAUACCUCUUGACACCAGAAUAAAACUGUUCAAAGAGAUGCUGGCCGAGAAGCAGGUCUCGGCUUUCAGUACCUGGGAAAAAGAGUUGCACAAGAUCGUGUUCGAUCCGAGGUACCUCCUGUUGACGUCCAAGGAACGGAAGCAGGUGUUCGAGAAGUACGUGAAGGAGAGGGCCGAGGAGGAACGGAGGGAGAAGAGGAAUAAGUUGAGAGAGAAGAAGGACGCUUUCCGGAAGUUACUUGGCGAGUCGCAUUUGCACGGCAAGUCUUCGUUUAGCGAUUUCGCCCAGAAGUACGCGAAAGACGAGCGUUUCAAGGGGGUGGAGAAGAUGCGGGAGCGCGAGAGCCUGUUCAACGAGUACCUGAUCGAGGUGAGGAAGAGGGAGAAGGAGGAGAAGAACCAGCGACGGGAGAUGGUAAAGAAAGACUUUAUCGCUAUGCUUCGCGAACAUUCUGACAUUGACCGCCAUUCCCACUGGUCAGACGUCAAACGUAAGGUUGACUCUGACGCCCGGUACAAGGCAGUCGAAUCGCACGGCCUCAGAGAGGACUGGUUCAGGGAGUACUGCAAGAUCCUCAAGGAGGAGAAGAAGAGGGCGAAAGAGAAGGACCGUGAGCACCGCCGCGAGAAGGAGAAGCACAAGAAGAAGGACAAGGACAGGGACCGCCACCAUUCCAAGGAGAAGAAGGAGAAGGAACGCGAGAAGGAGAGGGAGGAGUCCAAGAUAGAGGAGGAGGAGGAAGAGGCAUCUGGAAGGGAGGUGGAGGAACCUGAAAAAGGCGAAACAGAUGACGAAAAAGCUCAGGAUAAGAGAGAGAAGGACAGACAGGCCCGAGCCGAGGCCAGUCUGAGAGAAAGAGAAAAGGAGGUGCAAAGGACCCUUGCCACCCACAUGAGGGACAGAGAUAAGGAGAGAGAGCAGCAUAAAAGGGACGAAGCCAUUCAGCACUUCAAUGCCUUGCUGUCGGACUUGGUGAGAAAUUCCGACCUGAGCUGGAGGGAGGUGAAGAGAAUAUUGAGGAAGGACCACAGGUGGGACCUGGCCGACAGCCUGGGGAGGGAGGACAAAGAGAAAUUAUUCAACGAACAUAUCGAGCAGCUGAUCAAGAGGAAACGGCAGAACUUCCGGGAACUGUUGGACGAGACCCCCGAGGUGUCCUUGGUCAGCAGCUGGAAGGAGAUCAAGAAGAUCAUCAGGGACGAUCCUAGGUAUUCCAAGUUUGCCUCCAGCGAAAGGUGCGAGCGGGAGUUCAAAGACUAUUUGAAAGAUAAGCUGAUCACCGCCAAGGGCCAGUUCAAAGAACUCCUGCAGGAGACCAAACUGAUCACGCAUAAGUCCCUGCAGACCCUAAGGGAGAACCAGGGACACAUGCAGGAGAUCGAGGACAUCCUGAAGAACGACAAACGUUACUUGGUCCUGGACCACAUCCCGGAGGAGCGGACGCAGUUGAUCCUGAACUACCUGGAGGAGUUGGAUAGAAGAGGCCCGCCUCCGCCUCCGACGGCGAGCGAACCAAAUAGGAGAUCUAUCAAAUAGGCUUUUAUAAUUCAAUAGUUUCCAAGUGCACGUUUAUUUUUUAUUGAUUGAUUUUUAAUUUGGUACGCGUUUGUAUGAAUGGAGAUAUCAAUAUUGUGUAUAAUAAAGGGUUGAAAACACA